UCAAUUCUUUCUCGAGAUACUUUACGCGCCUACGUCUCUGCUCUUUAAGUUCCUGUAGGCAAAGAAGUCGUGUUAGCCCGUGCGUUACAAAUCGUUUACCCAAACGUCGGGAAAUAAAUGGAUAACUCUUUCAAUACUAGCUCUAGUGGCUCACUGAGCGGCAGUCACCACAGUGAUCACGCCAAUGCUUCUCAGAUAUUAAAAGAGCUCCUUAACGUGGGGAAACCUAUGCAUCAAGCUUACAGUUCAACCAGCAGCAUGGACGGGAAUGCUGAAAAUAAUCCAGAUCCACAGGAUGCAAUAUCCAAGGAUUUUAUCCAGGCAGGAGGUGACUCUGCAGCUCCCUUGAAUUUAAGAGACACUGUCCGGCAAACCAUUGAGCUGGUUGGAAAUGACCAGAGUGGGUCGGUGCCAGUGUAUGGCCGUGAGGUCAGUGUCAUUCCCAGCGAAGCCUCCAAGAGGGACAGCCGAGCACCAGGGAGUAGCAAAGUCAAAAUCACACCAGUGGUGAAAUAUGACUGGGAACACAAAUACUACGUGGGCAACCUUGUGGCAGUCAACCAAAUCUAUCUGGUGUACGUUCUGAAAAUUCAGAGUGGGUAUGGAUUGCGCAUACUGGACAGGCGCACCUCUGUGAGGGCGCUGUUGAAAGGCUUUGAGGACAUCAUCACAGAUGUCGCCUUUGCCCACCACCAGUCCAAUGUUCUGGGCUGUAUCGACAGGCUGGGGAACAUGACUGUCUGGCAAAUUCUCGAUGUGGACGGCAAAAUCGCGCCCAAUUCAAAGCUAAAGGUGAUGCGACCGCCCGGCACACACCCCACCGACUACCACCGGCUAGUCUGGUGCCCCUACCUGCCUGACGACCCCACCGCUAGUGACAGCAGCUCCAUCAGUGACGAGAACAGCCGUCUACUGGCUGUCACCCACGAAGAGAGGGCUGAGUUUUGGGAUUUGGAUGUUGUGAUAGAACUGUUUGGCAACGUUGUGAAUGCAGACAGCGUAACGGAUGGUGUCAUUCGAAUUUGCAGUGGACACACAAAGCCCAUCACCGAUCUGUCUGUAGCCCCUGACGGGCAGGUCCUUGCCACGGCCAGUGAGGAUGGCACGGUGAAGUUCUGGCAGAUGGACAUGGCUGCCCCGGACCAGGCUCCUGCACGUCUGCACCGAUUCUCCCCCCACGAUGGCCGGCCACUGUCCUCAUUGAUCUUCUGUGACAACCACAAGUACCAGGACCCAGACCUCCCCUUCUGGAGGUUCCUGAUCACGGGGGCCUGCGCCAAUCGUGAGCUGAUGAUGUGGUGCACCGUCACCUGGACCUGCCUGCAGAAGAUCAGCUUCACCCGGCCCGGCCUCCUCCCCGAACCCUUCCUGAAGAUCAAGCUGGACCUGUCGGCCAGCUUCCUGAUCGCGACAGACAUCACUAGAAAGGUCCUGUAUGUCCUUCAGGUACACCAGGACCACAGUGAAGGCCAUGCCCACAUGAGUUCCAUCACCGAGUUUCUGCUGACCCAGCCCACCCUCAGCUUCGCCAUCGUGGACGCGGGCAAAUGCCGCCUGAAGCCACUCCUUGAGGAGGGGGAAGAGGGGGAGGAGCUCAACUCAGGUGAGAUGCUGGAGAUGUUGCAGGGGGACAUGGAACCCAGUCAUUUUCCAAACAGCGGUGUGCUCGUCAAGAUGUUCUGCAUCAAUUCAACAUCGGUGCAAGAUCUACAGGUUCGCUUUCAGCCCAACUCUUCCGUGGAACAUGGCAACAUGGCCGGCUCAGUCAGUUCAGCCUCGCAGGAUGACUAUGCCCUGCAGGAUGGUCUGUCAGACAUGAGCAUGAACGACACCGACCGCUCAGCUGGGACAGAUGUGGAUAGGGUCUCGGCUGUCCGCCAGGCCAGCUCACUGACCCCCGGCGGGUCCUUGACCAGCUCCUUCACGUCCGAGUCCACCAAUCCAUCAACCUCGCCAGGCCAGCCCUACCUAAUGACACCUGAAGCCAUUAAAUCUAGCAGUGCCAAGACCUUGGCCGAACACCUGCGGGAGAGCAACUCUAGUGCCAGCAGCUUCACCCAGGUCUCGGCCCUGAAUACCUCGGCCGACGACCUCCUGACAGGCUCCCACCACUCUGGGGAGAACAGCACUCCGACCCCCAGGACCCUCACCCCAGUCUCUAGCCUCCCGGCCACACCUAAGUCGCCUCAGAGGCCUGACCGCUCAGCCACUCCACCCCAAGUAGAUGCUGCUCUUGCCCGGGAGAAGGAUGAAGACGGUUCAGCGGAGGACGACGAAGGACCCAAAUCCCCUCCCCCGACCCCAACUGAACUGGCUUCCCCCGAGCUGAUUGCUCGGUCCGCGGCCAGCACGGAUGACUUGGUGGAACUCCUGGAGAAUGCACGGAUGAAGGAGAAGCGGAUCUCGGACUCAAGUGCGGAGGUGGCGCAUAUCCUCCAAGGGCAUCUUGGGCAAGACGGAGAUCAGGAGGCAGAAGUGGAAGACGACCAGGGGAGAGAAGACGAAGAAGAUGAGAAAGAAGACGAUGAUGUGGAGUCCAAGGCUAUCCCCGUCACUGUGGAUUCCAUCGCAUUUGCAGAUGCAGUGAAACAGUUGGUUGACCCAGUGCAGGUGACUCAACCUCCCAGCAGCCUGAUUGAGAUGCAUGGAGAGGAUGCCAGUGGAGUGACCCAAGGGAGGGAGGUGGUUGUCAUCAGCCCCAAGCAAGAAAAGCUGGGAGUCACAGCCUCCGAGGAGGCCCCAGGUGGUGAGGGAAUACCCACCCCGACCCAGGGGGAAGAGGGGGAGACAGCUGAGACCCCACAGUCAGGGGACGAGAGCAGGGAGCAGCAAGUUGGAGGAGCCAUGGCCCCAGUGCCUCAGCAGCUCCUGGAGGUUCAAGAGCAGGAGUCGCGCAGUGAGCACAGCUCUGAUGUGGAACCGGCGGACUCCACUUCUCCCCCUGGGUCCAAGAGUAAAGCCAAGAAGCAGAGGCGGGACAAGUAUAGCCGGUCCUCCCCACGACCCAGGAAGUCCCUGCCAACUGAGGCGGAUGCCAGGCUGGACAUGCCAGAGAUUAAUAACACGCUGCAGCAGGUGCUAAACCUGCUGCAGUCGCAGCAGCAGGAGCUGAAGCAGAUGAAGCAGGACAUUGCCAAGUCGCAGCCGGCCAACAGCAUCAUUCAGUCCAUGCGGUCGCGCAUCGACAAGCUGGACAAGAGCCUGUGUACCAAGCUGGAGACCAGCAUGGCCAAACAGUCGGAGCAGGAGCGUCAGAGAUUAAACACUGCCAUGCAGGAGAGGCAGUCAUUGGACAAGCAGAAGCAGGAGCGUCUGCUGGAGUGCGUCUCUCAGAAUCUCAACAAAUCAGUCAACAGUCGUCUGGACAAGACAGUGCGCACUGAGAUUGAGAACAAGGUGGUGCCAGAAAUAGGAAAGCUGAUUGCACCAAUGAGCGAGCAGCUGAGUACUGUCGUUUCCCAGAAACUCACUGCCACAGACCAGCUGAUGAGGGAGAACAUCGGCAAGCUAGUCAGAUCCAAGAGUACCACAGAGGCCCUGGGGCAGUCGGCCGCCAAUGCACUGAGCAACACAAUCCAGACAACAUACCGGGAAGCCUUCAGGACAAGCGUGGUGCCAGCCUUUGAGCAGUCCUGCCAGUCCCUCUUCAUGCAAGUCAACACAGCCUUUGAGGCUGGAACCAGACAAUACACUCAACAAUUGGAGUCACACCUCAACAAGCAGAGACAGCAGGAGCGGGAAUCCCGAGACCCCAUCGUGGCUGAGCUUGUAUCCCUCGCGGAGGAGUUCAAGGCCAGCUCCCAGACACUCAAGGAGAGCAUCCUCAGCAGUGUGAAUGAUGAGGUCGAGAAACAACUCCAGAAGGCCAAUGAGAAGCUUGAGGAGGACCUCUUGGGCAAGGUACGCAAGCUCCUGAAAGAGGAGCUGCAGAACGCCCUGCGCGACCACCAGAGCCGGGUGGAGAGCAGUAUCACAGCGGCCGUUGUGCGCUCCCAAGCUCCUACCCCAGUGCCCCAGGGCCCAGACAUCCGGCAGGUCCAGAGCCAGAUCACCCAAUUGCUGCAGCAGGGCCACAUCAUUCAAGCCUUCCAGAGCGCUCUGAGUGCCUCAGACCUACGUGCUGUUCUCUUCGUAUGCAAUGCCGUCAAUCCUGACCAGCUGUUUGGUGGCCAGUGCCCGCUGGACCAACCUGUCCUCCUCUCACUCAUUCAACAGCUGUCCCAUGACAUUGGCACCAACACCAAGCUCAAGCUGCGAUACAUCGACGAGGCACUAUUGGUUCUUGAUGAGGACAAGACCACUACCCAGUACAGCGAACAUUUGCCCAUCGUCAUUGGCGAUCUCUGCAAACACAUCACCGCCUUCCUGCAGCAGCACCCUAGCCACCCCAGCACCAAACAGAUGAAACGUGUGCUUGCGCUUGCCAACAGCCUGAUGUAACCGGGGCAAGGAGAAAAACAAGAGCUCCCAGAUGUGGGUUCUUUUAAUGUUUACACAGCCAAGAUUAGCAACUUGUUCUGCGCCAAAUCAAGGCAUGGACGACAAGUAGUUAAUGAUAUGUUACCCUUAUUUCCUGAAACUCAGAAUAUCUGGAAGUACUCUGAAGUAAUGAACAUGUUUUAUGAAAACAUCUUUGUAUAAUAGACUUCUUGUUGACUUUUUGCAUAUUGAAAUUUCGUUAGGGAAAAAAGGGGCAAAAGCAUAUUUAUCUGAAAGGCAUCACUCUAAGUUUGUUGAUAUUCUAAUCUGGCAUAGUUUGUGUUCCAACUUAUAAGCUUCACUACAUCAUUUGAAUAGCAUAACCAUCUAGCUUUGAUUAUUGUACAUAUUUUGAAAGCUCCUCAUAACGGUUUUUUAACUUCCUUUUUUUUGUCCUGUGUACCACUUGUACAACAUUUCUCAUUGAAAAGGGAGCUGGACAAGGUAACAGUUAUGUGUAGACACAACAUAGGCUUAUCUUUAAUCAUCUGUGUUCAAUUUCCAUUUUCCGAGGGUUAUCGGCUUUCAAGCUAUGAUUUUUCCCUGAGUCUGUUCUCUGCUAAAUUUUCAUUUUAUUUGAUUAAAUGUUUUAGAAAAGUUGCAUUUUUGCCCACUGUAGGUUCACCUGUAAAAUCAAGCGCCUGUUACUUUAUAAAAUGUUGCUAAUUGUUUGAAACUGCACUGUCCAGGUAAUUAUUUGUCAGAUCUGAAUAGGACAAGUAACACGUGCUUUCUACAAGGUCAGCUUUUUCAAGUGUGAAGAUCUUGAAAAUUCCUCAGAAACUUUUGAAUGCCUCUGUCACACUGGGAAAAAAGUGCAAAACACUUGAACUUUAAGCAUUCAGCAAACGAAAUCUAGAAACCUCGUUAAAACACUGAAGAAUUUAACUUUGGAAAAAAAAAGGAUGUCAAAAGGAUUUCACUGAAUAGCCCAGAAAAGUAGCCAGAAUUUAAAUGGGAACCUUGAGUAACAUCCAGAACUGGUGCAGAAGACCUUGUGAUAUUGUUUCAUCUUUUAAGGUGCACUUUAAACGCUCUAUUUCACUUCAUGCAAAAAAACCCAGCAUGGCCAUAGAACUUUUUUUUUAAAUUAAGCUGACGGACUUACCAGCAACUAAGCAUGAAGACCAUAAGUAACAUCUGCAACAGGCAAGAGAAGGCCUUUUAAUAUUGUUUCUGUUGAUGCACACUUGGUGUGGUGUUGAUAGUUGUAUAAACCCCUCCCGUUUAACGAAAUAUAACAGUUCAGUUUGAAAUGAG